UGAUGGCUGUAAUCUCUUAAAAGAGCAGAGAGGUGUUUGAGUCUCUAACCGAGCAGAAUCAGGGACUCACCUGGAUUACAACACAGCCAGCUCAGCAGUUCAUCUGUCACAGGAUCGGCAGAGAGAGGAAUCAAGAGAGCCAGGAGUUUGGGAUCCAGCAGCGUGAUGUGUUCACUAAACAGGACGUUGUCUUUGUCUUUGUUCCCCAGGGAGCCCACUGCAGGUCUGGACGCCACCGUGGACUAUGUGAAGUUCUCCAGGGAUCAGUUCAUCCUGGACUGUCCUUCAGAGAAGCUCCGCAGAGAGCUCGAAGAAGAACUGAAGAUGAACUGUGAGGAGCCGAGGAGCCACGCAUGGUACCACGGAGCCAUACCCAGACAGGUUGCAGAAAACUUGGUGCAGCGUGACGGUGAUUUCCUGAUUCGUGAUUCGCUGUCCAGUCCAGGAAAUUACGUUCUGACCAGCCAGUGGAGGAACACUGCCCAGCACUUUAAAAUCAACAAGAAGGUGGUGAUGCUGAACGAGGCGUACUCCAGAGUGGAGUACCGGCUGGAUAGAGAAGGCUUUGACAGCGUCCCGGCACUUAUUAGAUUCUAUGUCGGCAACAGGAAAGCUGUUUCCCAGGUGGUCGGAGCCAUCAUCUUCCAGCCAAUCAACAGAGCGCUGCCUCUGCGCUGCUUGGAGGAAAAGUACGGGCUCUCCGGCAACCACAGGGAGGCGUCGGGGUUCAUGGCGCAGGAGAGGCGGAGUCAGAAGCGCCUCAGCCUCAACAUCACCAACGGACACACACACGACAACACACACAACGUGCAGGACGGCACACACUGCAGGGAGAACGGCACGAGCCGGGGCAGCCAGCUCAGGUUGAAGGAUCGCUGCGGCAGCCAACCAGCGAGUCUGAACCAGGUCCAAGAGAGGAGACGCCCGCUCAAAGCUCACCAGUCAGAGAGCUACCUGCCUCUCGGAUCCAAGCCUCAGCCCCAGCAGUCUCCUGACCCUCUGCUCACGAGUCCCAGCCCCAAGUCUCCCGUCUUUCGGACGGGCAGCGAGCCGGUGCUGAGUCCCUCUGUCGCUCGGAGAUCUGCAGAGCCUCUCGCAGGUCAGGCCAUACGCGGCUCCGACAGCCAGCUGUGUCCCAAACCGCCUCCCAAACCCAGCAAGGUGCCGCUGGCUCGGCUUCCGCGCUCCCCCUGCCUGCAGCCGCUGCUCCCCCCCUCCAGCUCCUCCAACCUCUCAGACUCCUCCCUCACCUCCUCCAGACUGACUGCAUCUCCCCUGGACUCGUUGUGUGUGGAUAUUUGGAAGAGUGCAGCUCCUGGGGGCCCUCCUGUUCCUCCAGUCAAACCUCUGAAGUUCCAGCAUCAGCUCCUCUCUGCAGACUCCCUCAGCUCCUUCAGCUCGGUGGAGAAUCCAGAACCAGCAUGGACUGAGCGUCUGCAGCCGAGCCCUGCAGACACCAGAUCCUGCAGCCCGCUGGAGUACGGGGACUCAAUCUCACCAAACCCGGUCCCAGAUAACGCUUUGCACCUUCAGCCUCCGCUCUGCAGCUACGUGGAGCGACUGAGGAGAGAAGGGGAGGGAGGAAGAGAGGAAGGGGAGGAGGAGAAGGAGGCGGCCGUGGGGAAGAGAGGACUGGACAGGAGCUCGUACCACCACGCCAUCGCUGCUUUAGAAAGCACCAGCGAGGACGAGGAGGAGGUGGAGGGAGAAGAAAACCGGAGGCGUAAGAAGAGCAGCUUCCAGCGGCCGGUCGUGGAGACGGAGUCGACGUUUCAGCCGGCAGAGUUUGGAUCUCGACUUCUGCCCGCGGAAAACAAACCUCUGGAGAUGGUGGUGCUGAAGAGAGCGAAGGAGCUGCUGCUGAAACACAACCAUCAGAGUAUAGCACGACACCUGCUGCUGGCCGACUGUCAGGUGGCGAGGAUCCUCGGUGUGACUCCGGAGCUCAAAGGUCAGAUGGGCGUGGCCUCCGGUCUGGAGCUGGUGACUCUGCCGCACGGCCGGCAGCUGAGGCUGGACCUCAUGGAAAGGCACCACACCAUGGCGAUAGGCGUUGCCGUGGAUAUUCUGGGAUGCACCGGGAGCGUGGACGAGCGAGCCUCAACGUUGAACCGCAUCAUCCUGGUCGCAUUGGAGCUGAAGGACGCGGUGGGCGACCUGUUUGCUUUCACGGCCCUGAUGAAAGCUCUGGACCUGCCGCAGAUCAGCCGCCUGGAGGAAACCUGGACGACUCUAAGAAGGAACUUCACACAGACCGCCAUCAGCUACGAGAAAAUACUCAAACCUUUCUACAAGAACCUGUACGAGGGCACAGCUUCUGCCCCUCCGGUUGUCUGCGUCCCGCUCCUGCUGCCCCUCCUCACACUGAUGGAGCGCCCGUCGAUCACACCAGAGGGGGUGGAGCUCUGGGAGACCAGCGACCAGGGCUGUGACAUCAUGCUGCGCCACCUGGAGGCUGCACGCGACGUAGCACACAGCGCACAGAGCUACACAAAAAACGCACAGAAGCUCUUACACGAGUUUCAGAGCGACGACGACCUGCUGGAGGUGUUCAAAACAGACUUUCAGCUGCGGCUGCUGUGGGGGAGCCGAGGAGCUUCAGUCAACCAAUCAGAUCGCUACAACAAAUUCAACCUCAUUCUCACUGCGUUGUCACGGAAACUGGAGCCUCCGCCCACGACACAAACCGUAAUCUGAACAGAAACAAAACGUGGUGAAUGGAUGAAGAGAAACAAAAGCUCCUUUCACACACAAACUCCUGACAUCUUCUCAAUAAUUUCAGGACAUAACGGAAAAGAUUUCUGUUUCUGAGUUGGUCAUAAAUGCACAACACCUGGAUGAUGUCUGAAAAGCUUCAGGAGUGCAAAGCAUGUGUGAAAGGUGCUAAACGUCAACGAGGAAAAACUGCAAUAAGUGAUCAGAUACCAAGCAGAUUCCUGAGGAAGAGCUGAGGAACAUGUUUAAAAAUCAUAUCUUAUCCAAUAUAUUCUGCACUCCUGCAGCCGCGUUUUCUCCUUUUAAUAGUUUAAAACGUCACAAGGAUUGAAGGUGUUUUUCUUCUCCAGUCUUAAGUGUGUUCAGGAUUCACAGGAUCAGCUUCCAUCAGCCUGAAACUUAAGUUUAUUUAAAUACUUCUACAAUUCACUUCGCAGACGAUUUUAUGCAGAGAGUAAGAACAACACAAGUAAGGAUCUAGAGAGGAGGAAACAACGUCAGUAAGUGCAAACGAUCAGCUUUAAGUCCGACUGGACACACAGGUGCUGACAGGAAGUGACCAGAGGCAAAGCACAACAUUGUCAGCUGCUCUUGUCUUAACAUCAUUGUCACUAUCAAACAAAAACCAUCAUCAUCAUCAUCAGAGUCAUCAUCAUCAUCAUCAGAGUCAUCAUCAUCAUCAUUAAGGUCGUAGGUGUUC